UUUAGGACCCACUUCAACAUUAAAUGUUCAUGUUAAUCGAUUCAGUUGCUUCCUGGACUUUCUCUAAACCUCGAAACAAUGUCCUUCAUGGACGAUUUUGAACACCUAAAAAUUCAACUGGAAGAUAUCAAAUUAGCUACCAACAACUUCGGUCGUGACAAAUUGAUUGGAAGAGGUGGGUUCGGACAGGUAUACAAAGGAGAACUCUCUCUUGAUGGAAGACAAACCAUGGUCGCUUUCAAGUGUCUAGAUCGUAAACAUGGGCAAGGAGAUACAGAGUUUUGGAAGGAAGUCUUGAUGCUUUCCCGUUACAGACAUGAAAAUCUUGUCUCUCUCAUGCACUUUUGUAGUGAGGGUGAACACAAGAUCUUAGUUUACGAGUACGCAUUUCAUGGAAGCCUUGAUACGUAUCUUGCUAACAAAGGUCUCACAUGGACUCAACGUCUAAAGAUUUGUAUAGGAGCUGCAUGUGGACUAAACUACCUUCAUGAUCCUUCGGGAACACAACAAAGAGUUCUUCAUCGGGAUAUAAAAAGUUCAAACAUACUUUUGGAUGAGAAUUGGAAUGCGAAAUUGUCUGAUUUUGGUUUGUCAAAACUAGGUCCAGCUAAUCAACAACAUACAUAUCUUAUUUCGAAUGUUGUAGGUACCCCAGGGUAUUGUGAUCCGUUGUAUUGGGAGAUGGGGUUUCUAUCGAAAGAGUCUGAUGUUUAUUCUUUUGGGGUGGUUUUAUUUGAAGUAAUGUGUGGAAGAUUAUGCUUUGAAUAUAGUAAUGGUCAGCUUCGAAUUUUAGUGCGUAUGUGGCAAAAGUUAUAUGAUGAGAAGAGACUUGAUGAGAUUAUAUUUCAAGAUUUGAAGGAAAACAUGGAUUCAGAUUCGUUGAAUACAUUUUCAUCCAUCGCAUAUAAGUGUUUGAAGAGAGAGCGUGAAGAACGACCAACCAUGGCUGAGAUUGUGAAAGAACUUGAGAUUGCACUUGAUCAACAAGAGUUUUCUGAAGAUGUGAGAAAGAGAGUGGACUUUGAAGAAAUAAGUAAGAUUCUAGAUCUUGCAAUACCUCCAGUGUCCUAUAGGUCGCAAAAGGAACUCUUCUUGCUUCUCUCCAAAGGAAUUCUUCUUUCUGGGGGUAAAUCGUGGCUUUCGAUAAAUAAAAAUGGUGAACAAUGUGAAAUGGUUUCUGCAGCAGAAUCUAUUUUCGAAUAUACAAGCGGAUACGAUUUAUCUAAAAAUUAUGAAAAAUCAAGAUUUCCAAGUGUCGUAUUUCAUAUGAUAGAUGGUGAUUUUGGACUAGAAGCAGAUACAAAAUUCUUGUCCACACAUGUCACAUAUACUAUCAACCUUGUCUUCAAGCAUCAUCUUUGGGAUAAUGGGCCAUAUGUACCCUUUAAGUACAAACUGGAAGAGGAAGAAGAAUAUUCCACAUCAUGUGUUGCGCAUCUCAGAGAAGAUGGGUGGCUAAUGACCGAAUUAUACCAAUUCACUAGCUAUCAGAAAGAACAUAAAUUUAGGAUUCGGUUUGUGCGCCCAUCCUAUUAUUCCCUACAUCGUAACCUGGUUCUUGAAGGAAUUGAAUUUCGACCCGUAGAGCAUGAGAAGCAUCAAAAUUUGAAGGAUGAAUAUAAUGUGGAUAUCAAACCCAUUUCAUCUUCUGAAAUAGAAAAAAUGUCAUGUGAUCAUCCAGAAAUAACCAAGUGGUUGGAAGAUAGAAUGCACUCCACAAGUAAUAAGGAACUCUUAUGUCUUCUUCGUAAAGGGUGCUCCAUUAAUAAUGGUGAAAAGUGGUUUUUUAUUGACGAAAAUAUGAAGAAAUGUCAUAUGCUACCUGCAAGAGCAAUCUUACAAGAAGAAAAGUGGACAUGGAAGCCCCUACAAGAAUCAAGAUUUGACAUGGUGGCAGAAUCGCAAGACACAAACUCUUUUUCUAUUGCUUGUGUAAUCGAAUCCCAGCUACUAUCACCUCAAACAACUUAUGCAAGUUACCUCUUGUACAAACUUCCUAAAAAUCAUCACUCAGUGUUUGAGGGACCAAUAGAAGUAGAAAACAUAGAUCUCAAGAUUGACUUUAUAACACAUAAACGGCUUAUAUAUUUAAUUACUCCGCCUCAUGUUCCUAUUAUUAGACCCCAGCUUGAUCAUUUGUCUCAAUCCCCAUUAAGUACUCGCAAAAUAAAAGGUCAUCCAAGACUAAGGAAGGAUGGUUGGAUGGAACUUAAAGUGUGGGAAUUCCCGGGAGAUUUUGCAACAACUAUUUCAAUGCGUACGUGCUUCAAAAGUUGUGAUAAAUGGAAGUUUACGGGUUUUUCUGUUCAAGGAAUCGAAUUUAGACCAUUGUAAGUUUUGUUAAGAUUUAAAUUUUGGUGGAUGAUCUUUGUGUUAAAUAUUAUUAUAAAAAUGCAUUAUAUAAUAAUAAUUGAGUUUUGUAAUAAAGCUAUUUUGGUGCUUA